AUGGCAACGAUUACAGAUAAUGACAAAUAUGUUUUGAAUGUUAUUUUUAAUCCAAACUAUCCACUGGAUUUCGACCAAGAAUCACCAACAGAUGCAAGUAAUUCAGAAAAUGAAAAUCAAUUAUUAGAAAUUAAAAAAUUGGAAGAAGAAGGAGUACGAUUAGCUGAGCAAAACCGUUUAGUUGAAGCUAUUGAACAUUUUAAUCAAGCUAUUGCAUUGAAUCCUCAAAAUCCGUCAGCUUACAAUAAUCGAGCUCAAGCUUACCAAUUAUUAAGUAAAACUGAAGAAGCUAUGGUUGAUUUGAGCACAGCAAUUGAUUUAUCUUCGAAUGCAAAAAAUAAUCAAAAAACUUUAUCUUUGGCAUUAACACAGCGUGGAAUUCUCAAUCGAUUUUUGGGUGAUGAAAAAGCAUCAUUGGAUGAUUUUACACGAGCUGCUGAACUUGGUUCAGCAUUUGCCAAGCAACAAAUACUUCUGUUAAAUCCGUAUGCAGCUGCCUGCAAUCAAAUGCUUUCGAAAAUGAUGAAAAAAACGUCAUACACAUCAUAA